AGCGGGACUACGGGAGGGAGUGAAUGGGUCCUGCACGCAAAGCAGAAAGCGUUGGAGCUGUGUAGCACUCUGGUUCACUUCAGUUGCGCGCUGCCGAUAGAUGCGGGAUGAGAGUUUGAUAACCACACGACGACUGCACUUGUGCACUGCAAGUCAAUUGGCCAAGUGCUGUUUAGAGUUGAUGGCUGAAAUGUUUAGAGUUGUAGGUUUUAAGUGACAUUGGGAAUAAUCCUAGAUCUUAAGCGCUCCUUUACGCACACGGGACGCUCGGCACAUUUCGGGACGCACAAUCUCUCCGGAGCUCUACAAAUGGAUUUAAUAAAUGUAACUUUUUCCGAGGAAUGAACACGCCCUUUUCAUUAUUUUUAUUCUCACAAAUGGUUAAAAUCUUGCUCUCGUACAAGACGGAUGACAUUUCUUGGCGUGUGUGCUUUCUCCUAUGGGAUGCUCUGUAUAACGGCGCGGAGAUUGGUGCCUUGAGUCAGUGCAACUCCGAAUGAAGAUCCCAUCCAGGAUGAUAGAGUCCGAGCGGGCCAGGCAUCAAUGGGCCCGCGUACACUAUCACCACGAUCUCAUAUCACAUAGCAGGGGCUCUCGUGGUGUUUAGGAAUUGACUUUUUGGAUUGAAUGCGCGUGCGUUUGGAGAAACAAAAAAGGAUCUUACCCACUAAGUUCUGUGCUCUAUAUUGACAUUGGCUUUACGACUAUCCUCUCUGUGGGCUACUAUGCAAUUACAACUGAUCACCUUUGUUUUGAUCACAUUGUACUGUAUGGAUUACACUGGCGGUCAGCACAGCAGCUCCAGGCACCGGCACCACAAACAGAUUUCUAGCGGGGGCUUAGGGUGCCAGCAAGGCGGCUGUCUGACCUGCUCCGACUACAAUGGCUGCCUCUCGUGUAAGCCGCGAUUCUUCAUGCACUUGGAGAGGAUUGGGAUGAAGCAGAUCGGAGUGUGCAUGACAUCAUGUCCUCCAGGAUUUUAUGAUAUUCGCUCACCGGAGAGAAACACUUGCACGAAGUGCAGGUCCGAGUGUGACUCCUGCUUUAACAAGAACUUCUGCACACGCUGCCGGCCAGGCUACUACCUCCACCUGGGCAAGUGUCUGGAGAGCUGUCCCGAUGGGCUGAUGCGUAGCGAUAUCCAACGCGAGUGUGUGCACAGGUGUCCUGCAGAGUGUGAGGCCUGUGUGAACAGUGAGCUGUGCACACGCUGCAGACCAGGGCUCUAUCAGCUCCAGGGGAGGUGCCACCAUGUCUGUCCUGAGGACUACGAGCCCAAUGACAGACUCAUGGAGUGCUCCCCACAAGUGCACUGUGAGGUGGGUGAGUGGAGUGAGUGGAGCCCCUGCUCUCGCUCUGGGAGAACCUGUGGCUUCAAGAGGGGUCAGGAGACACGCACCAGGCUGGUCCUGCAGUAUCCAUCACCCUUUGGACGGCCCUGCCCAGAGAUCUCUGAGAUCAAGGAGUGCCUGGUCAAAAGGAGAAAGUGCCCAGGUUAG